AUGUUGCGAUCGUUUCAAACGGGUCUUCAGUUGCCGUUAAUUGCAAUGAAAUGCAGUCAUUGCCGACAUAUGGCCACCGCUGCCCAUUGGGUGAGUCCCUCCGUACUGGCCGUCAUCGGCGGUUCACUCAUUGUCUGCGUUUUUUAGGCCAAAAGCCGUCAAACAGUUUGGCCCAAAGACCUGGCGUUACAACACUUCGACAACUUUUACGCCAAAGUUUACGGCAAUUCUUGGAAAUCGAUUCGUUUGGGUCUUCUGUCGGCCAAUAAGUACUGUGCGGUCGUCAAUGUGUUCGCCGAUUACGAAGACAUCGAGAUUAAGAUGAGACAAUUGGGUGCCAUUGAUAUCAGACAGUACUACGAAAGACAUCACAAAAAAUAUCAACGCCUGAAAAGACGAAUGGAGAUAUUGAACGAAAAGAAGGCCAAACGGAUAGCAAUGAUGGCCGAAGAGGCCGGAGUGGAUGUCUCACAAAUAGAUGCCGACAGUGUUGUGGUGAGUGAUGUGAGCGAUCGAGAGCUCGGCAGCGGUGGCUCAUCCGUGUCCGACGCCGAAGACAUUGUGGAGAUGUUGUCACAGAAGGAGGGCUCCGAAGAACGGUUCAUAAAUAUGGCCCGAAUUGACGUCGAUUUGAAUGAUUUUAUGCCAACAGAAGAGCUCCGGUAUAGGGAACCCAUUGUGACGGAAAAGCCGUAUUACGAGUUCUAUAAGACAGAUGUCGACAUUCCUGUGGAACGGGUCGGAGAACCCAAACUAGAAAUACCCGAAAUCCUUAAGAUCUACACUUAUCCGCGCGGAGUUAUGUCCACUUUUCCGGCGCCCAAACGUCAGGCAGCGCUCGGAGUGUUGGACUACUAUCUGAUGGACGCCGCGUCCAUUUUGCCGGUACUGGCGCUCAACAUUCAGCCCAACGACAAUGUGGCCGACUAUUGUGCCGCUCCCGGCGGUAAGGCUUUGCUAAUGGCGUUGACAUUACGGCCAUCACAUCUGCUAUGCAAUGAUAAGUCUAUGUCAAGAAGUUCUCGUCUGAAGAACGUAUUCAAGGCUUACAUCCCAGACAUAGAUAGCGUUCAGAAGACACUGAACUUUAGCGAAGAAGACGCGCGACAAAUGAUAAAAGUGGACGCGUAUGACAAGAUCCUAAUCGAUUCCGUCUGUACUAAUGAUAGACAGUCGGUGUCCGAAAACGAUAACAAUUGGUUCAAACACUCGAGACUAACGGAGCGAAUAAAUCUGCCCGAAGAUCAGCUGAGACUACUGUUCGCGGGCCUGAGGUCUGUGCGAAGGGGCGGUUCUGUGGUCUACUCGACGUGCAGUUUGUCUCCCAUUCAAAACGAUGGCGUCAUUCAUAUGGCACUCAAACGCAUUUGGGAGGAAACCAAUCAACUCUUUGUCGUCUCAGAACUUAAGGAAGCGUUCAGACCGUUGAGAGGUCUCUACAGAAUGAAUAACCAAUUCAAGUACGGCACACAAGUGGUCCCUUUCAUGCCAUCCAAUUGUGGACCCCUUUAUAUCUCCAAAUUAAACCGAAUUCAAUAA